GGGGCAGCGGCGGCGAUGGCGGACAGCGCCAGCGAGAGCGACACGGACGGCGCCGGCGGCAGCGGGGGCGGCGGGAGCGGCGUGGCGGGGCCGCUGGCGGCGGGCGGCCCGGCGACGGGGCCGGGCGGCGGCGGUGGCGGCGUUGGAGGAGGCGGUGGCGGCGGCGGCGGUUCGGGGGGCGCGGGCGGCGGCAAGGCGGGCGGCAUCGUGAUCUCGCCGUUCCGGCUGGAGGAGCUGACGAACCGGCUGGCCUCGCUGCAGCAGGAGAACAAGGUGCUGAAGAUCGAGCUGGAGACCUACAAGCUCAAGUGCAAGGCGCUGCAGGAGGAGAACCGCGACCUGCGCAAGGCCAGCGUCACCAUCCAAGCACGGGCAGAGCAGGAGGAGGAAUUCAUCAGUAAUACUCUGUUUAAGAAGAUUCAAGCUCUGCAGAAAGAAAAAGAAACGCUUGCAGUAAACUAUGAAAAGGAAGAGGAAUUUCUCACUAACGAGCUCUCAAGAAAACUGAUGCAGCUACAGCAUGAGAAAGCUGAACUGGAGCAGCAUCUAGAACAGGAACAGGAAUUUCAAGUGAACAAACUGAUGAAGAAGAUUAAAAAACUGGAAAAUGAUACAAUUUCGAAGCAACUCACCCUGGAGCAGCUAAGACGUGAGAAGAUUGACCUUGAAAAUACCUUGGAACAAGAACAAGAAGCACUAGUGAAUCGUCUCUGGAAGAGGAUGGAUAAGCUUGAAGCAGAAAAACGAAUAUUGCAGGAGAAAUUAGACCAGCCAGUAUCUGCUCCGCCGUCACCCAGAGACAUAUCAAUGGAGAUAGAUUCCCCUGAAAAUAUGAUGAGACACAUUAGGUUUUUAAAGAAUGAAGUGGAGAGGUUAAAGAAGCAACUGAGGGCUGCACAGUUACAGCAUUCAGAGAAGAUGGCACAAUAUUUAGAAGAGGAGCGACAUAUGAGAGAAGAAAACUUGAGGCUUCAAAGAAAACUACAGAGGGAAAUGGAGCGUAGGGAAGCACUCUGCAGGCAACUGUCAGAAAGUGAAUCCAGCUUAGAAAUGGACGAUGAAAGAUAUUUUAAUGAGAUGUCUGCACAAGGAUUAAGACCUCGCACUGUGUCCAGUCCUAUCCCUUACACACCCUCACCAAGUUCUAGCAGACCUAUAUCACCUGGUCUGUCAUAUGCAAGUCACACAGUUGGUUUCACACCACCAACUUCACUGACUAGAGCUGGAAUGUCUUACUACAAUUCCCCAGGCCUUCAUGUGCAACAUAUGGGACCAUCCCAUGGUAUUACAAGGCCUUCACCACGAAGAAGUAACAGCCCCGACAAAUUUAAACGUCCCACUCCUCCUCCUUCUCCAAACACGCAGACCCCAGUGCAGCCACCUCCGCCACCACCUCCACCACCUGUGCAACCUACGGUCCAAUCCGCAGCAUCGCAGUCAGCCACUUUUCAACAUUCAGUGCAUCCCUCCUCUCAGCCUUAGUGCAUGUGCUCAGCAGUCUGUAUGUCAGAAUUGGACUCAUAACAUGGAGCAGUUUACUAAAAGCCAAAGGCUUACUUGGCAUAUUUGGAUUUGACUUAUUUGCACUGAGGUUAUAUAGGCUUCACUGUUAAUUGUGUUGUAAACGUUUGUAUAAAAUGCAGCCAGUGUUGUGGGUCUACAACACUAACUUAACAAAAUUUUCCAUCAGUGUUUACUUGAACUACAUGUAUGUCCAUUCUCUGGCUGGAACAUUUGCUACUCUGUUUGGUAAUACGGCAUUAUGUCGUUUUGCUUGGCUCCAAAGCUUCAUUUUCCUGGCUUCUAGGUUUGUAAAAUUAAAGGGAUACCUUUUUAUAUUUUUUCAUGAGAAUUUGCAUAAAAUUUAAGGCAUGAUGGGCUAUCUGAUGAGUUCUGAAAUAUUACAGUGUUUACCAAGCUUGUGGAAAAUUAGCACUACGUUUCGGUCAUUUGAAAUAACAGCUUCUAGUGCAGAAGUGAGUCAGACACCCUAAUCAGUGCCCAAGACACAUACUCUAUUGUAUUACCUAGUAAAUAAGCUUAAUUCAGCACACAGGACACAUCCAUACUUCUCCUGUUUAAAAACACCUCAAACGUAUGGUACAGUCUGAAUCUUUAAGUGAGGGAACUGACUUGCUGGAGUAUAUGGAAUGUAUAACUUGUGGACCUUAAGGUUUGAUUAUUUCACUUGACAUUUGCAUUAACCUGUAAGCUGUCCAUACUGUGUGAUCUGUCACAAGUAACUUCUCUAAGUGUGGUCCUGCCCACAGGUUACUGAUAGCUGAUUGAAGUGUGCUCUUUGAUUUUUUUGCUGCAGAAGGCAACGUGAUUGUAGAGAACAGCUGAUUAUUUCUUUUCCUUGUUAAAAUAUAUUAAUUGUGAUUCCCCUAAAACAAAGUUUGAACAAGUAUUCUAAAUGUUCAAGUCUGUUAGAAAAUAAGAUAUACAAUGAGCAUAUAGAAUAUACUGGCAUAACAGCCAAAAGUGUUGUAUUGCUUGGUAGAAACAGAGUACAAGAAAGUAGCACAACAUGGCACUAAUGAAUGCUUAUUUAGCAGCCUAAGCCGGUACAAUGUAUAAAGAAAUGUAUUCCAAAUACAUUCUUUCCAUUCAUCUAGCACAAAUAAAUUGUUUGGUUUCACUUUGCAGUGGAACGAAGUGUCACUUCUUGAUAUUGACAUCUUGCUCAGUUUUAUUUUUCCUGAGGUUCCUGUUGAGUACUGAGGUUUAUAUACUGUUGAUGAUUUUAAGUGGUUUACCUCAUAGAUACGGAUAUAUGGGCCAUGGAAAAUGACAAGAGAAUGUUUAUUUUAUGAGAAUAUGUAUCUGGCUAUAAUCAGAGCAGAACAUGAGUAAUUUAUCUUUUGUUUACAAAAGUUUGUUUGACAUGCCUAAUGCUUUAUUAAGGACACUUUUAAGAAGGAGGUAGAGCGUUCUGGUAGUAUACUAACAUUUGUACAUAGAGUUUCAUGUUUGCCGCUCAGCUAUUCAGGAAUUGCAGACUGAAUAUCUUUAUAAAAUCAGUGCUCUAAAUCAAAAUAGUAAGUUAAAAUAAUGUUGUAAAAGGUUCAGCUUAAGGCAAAACUAGAAGUUCUUCAUUAUAUCUAUGUAGUUUCAGCUCCGAGAGAAUUUAGAGAAAAGCAUAUAUAGUCUAUUACACUUGGUAAACCAAUAUGGGAUCAAGUGCAUUAUCUGAUUACAUUAGUUAUGGUAAUAGUGACUCUCUGAUAAAGUGAUACUCAAGAUUGUGGCAGGCAGACAAUUUGACCAGUGCUUCCAUCUGAAAAUAAUUGACCACAGCUAAUGCAUGCUCACUUUUCCAUAGAGGAAACUCCCCUGUGAGCAUUGUUAUUAAACACAGCUCCCGAAGCCGUGGUGGGUUUGCAUGUGAGAAAACUACAGGCAGUCAGAGGUGGGACUAAGGUCAAAACAGGAUUGGUUUAGUUGAACACUUGUCCUUUUGUUAACAGAAGAAAAAAGAAAAAGAUAUAUUCUUUUAUAAGCAGGAUUUCAGCUCAAGUAUGCCACUAGUUAGAAUGGUGCCCUCCUUUCUGAAGUGCUUUGAGAUUUUUGGACAUGAGGUUCUAUAGAGUGUGAGCUCGUAGUGGUAGUAGUAUAAAUGGGGGGGGAGGGGAAGCCUUUGACAGUGUUGUCUUAAGAACUUGAAAUGGAAAUUUGCCUAGAAUAAAUUACAUUUGAAGCAUAUUCCAAAACUGAAUUUGUGUAACCCAAGUUCAGCUGCUGUUGUGAAGUGUCUUAGUGAUCUCUCCUUACUGUUGCAGUGGGACCGUUACCAGAUGAAAGUAAAGAACUGACAAAUGUAUGCUAAAUCCUGAAAAUGUAACAAGGCGCUAAAUUGGCCUUACCUAAGAACAUUGGACAAACAUUUGCUUGCAAUCAGAAGUGUUAAACUCUAUUUGUAGACUUUUUGAAGAUAAGGAAUUGUGCACAAGCAUCUCCUAAUAAAUGUAAAUGGAUUUUCAGUUUUCCUUGUGAAUUAUAGUCAUGAAUUACAAUUUUGCAGUGGUGAUUUUAUCAGAACCUCCCACAGACUGGAGAAACUCCCUUGACAUCACUGUCCAGCUUGUUUUCUUUAUUUUAUCUCAGAAGCAUCUGGGUGGGUUUCUGCUGUUCUUUUCAUUACUGAUGUCUGUCAGUUGCACACUUGCAUCUUCACGAGUUGUGCAAGGUCACAGAAGCAACUUCUAGCAGUGAUGAGUAUUUUGUAAGUGUGUGUUUACAGCCAAAGGUUUUGUUUGUUUGUUUGUUUUUGAAAAAUAAAUCUUUUGGCUGUUUCAGAGUACUUUCCUCUCUGACAAUCAAACAGCUUUCUUUUUACUUUUUCUCUCAAGGGAUCUGGCUUGGACACUGGAAUGCAGCUGAUCUCUGUAGAGCAUUAAGAGUUCAUUUUAACCACAAUUUGUUCCAGAGGAGUUUUGGAAGAAGAGAUGGAAUUGUUUGGAGAUAGUCUUCCAGCUAACAGCCAGAUAAGAUUGUUUUAAUUAUAUCUACUCCUCUAAGAGCAUAUUCCCAAAGGCAGAAAAGACUAUCAGAGUUUUCCAAGAAAGUAACAUUGCUUUUCUAUUAGCAAUCUUGCUGUACCAGAGCUAAACAGGACAGGACUCCUUUUCCUGUUAAAAUGCUGGUAGUUCACAAAUCCAUCUGCCUGAGUAGAAUUUCUGUGCACUUCAGCUGAAUGAAAAAUACAGUCUUGGAAGCAACGAAAAUGACAGAGCUUCCUGGAACUAGCGGGAGCUGAACUGCUGACAGGAGACAAUUUAGACUCCAUGUAUUUUGUUAAAUACAUGGAAACCAAUUGUGGAGCCUUGAGUACUUUGUCUGUCAAAGAACAAAAUCUUUCAUCCUCAAUAUUGAUCAUUGCUUACUAAGAGGAUGCAUCCAGGGACCUUGUUUAAGUAUUCUGGUGGUGGUGUUUUGUUUUGUUUUGUUUUUCCCCAUUCCUAAUGCUUAGUUUUACAAGCAGCUUAAAUUCUAAUAUUGUUCAACUCUUUUUGAUGUCUCCUUUGUUUCAGUCAUGGCAGUCUAUUUCUUUUUGAUCCUUGGGAGUCUACAGAGCAUGGACUAUGCAGAGCAUAUUUCUUCAGUUCAAGCCAUCUCAUAAGAAACCAGAAGGUUUAUGAGUGUAAGCUAUAAAAUUAUGAUACAUGCAUCUGUUAUAACAACCUUCUUAAGGGGAAAUAACUGUCUUCUUGAAGGAAGAGCAAACAAAGCCCCUAAGUACCAAAUGAACUGUAUGCAGAGACAAUCUGGUUUCCUCAGUUCCCUGAGGAGCUGAAUUCUUCUUCCAGCCCUUUUUGGAUUUGGACUAGAGUUGUUGAUCUUUCAUUUAAUUUUUUUUUUUAUUUCCAUAUUUCACUGUAAUAAGUACUCAGGAUAACAUUCACGUUCCUUUUGGGUAAAAACCACUAGUCCCAGGAUGAAUAGAGAUUAAGAGACAUUGCCACUUUGUGGACUAGAGGAAGUCACUCAGUGUGCCAUGCUGUGGCCUUUACGAUUCAGCUGUAAUUCAGGUGGGUUUGUGUGCUCAUCUUAAGAUUUCUCUUUCAAGCAUCUGUUCCUGUAUUUGCAUUAGUAGUGUGCCCUGAAGAAGGGAGAGAAAUACAGAGGUUUUGCACUGCAUUAACAGACAGCUGCUACAUUAGGGAGAAUAGUACUUGUUCCUAUUCAACUAGUUAGGCUCCAAAGAGAAGUACUACCUCAUCUUUAGGUAGGGAUGAUGUGGUUGCAGAGUCAGGGGAACUGUUGUGGCUAUGCUAGGUUUUGUUUGGCUUAUGUUAUCCAGACAGAAGUCCUUCCUCACUGCGAUUGGGCUUCAGAAGUUACAAAGCUUGUGUAGAUGGGGAGAGGGAAGUUAGGACAGGUGAUAGAGGUUGAGAAGACUGUGUCCCUGUAGUAAAUUGCUGCUCAGAGUACCCUUCAGCUAGGCCUGGGAAUUGCCUGUACUAGAACGACAACAUUUUUCUGUUUGUUUUCCUUUCAAAAAGUGCUGUGUUGCAGUUGUUCUUUAAGUUCCUGGCACUGGUGUCUAAUUUAAAAAAAUAAGUGAUUCCCCUUUCCACAGAAAUAUCUGAAAUAGUAUUCUACUUGCAAAGGUGAGUUUUCUCACUAUAUAAAUUAAUACUGUAUCUGUACACAAAGGUAUUUUAUUCUAGUGGUAAAACCUAAGCUGUCCAAGGCACUUUAGUUUGUGAUUGCUGACUUUUGUUUUGGCAGGUGUUUCAGAUGAAAUCUAAGCCUCCUGUGGAGGAAGAAAAAAAAAAUCACCUACAGAUGUAGACUGUUCCUUUCCUGCAGAAAUACAGCAAUUUCCUCAAAUGCAAGUAAAAGUGGAACAAACAUCCUUGAGCUUUUCUGACGCUUAUAUUUAAUUUCAGUUCAUUGGUGAUUGCUCUUAUGUAUUUAGGGAAUCUCUGAAGCCUCAUUCUAGGUUGGCUGGGUGUCUAGUUGGUUAUUUCUAUGUUUUCCCAGUCUUAGGGAAGGAAGCCUGUUCAAAUUUGGAUCAAAUGUAUACACUGGUUAACAACAACUGUCACAGCACAUACUGUUAAGCGUGAAUCCAAGUGGUUACUUAAAAACAUUACACUGUGUUGGUGUGAAUCAGACCUUACAAUUGAAAGAACCUCGGAUACAAAGAUUUAUUUUUUUUUUGCAGGUUACAUUUUAUUCCUGUAUUAGCUGUAUUAUUGCUUUGUUGUGUAUCUCAACAUGUUUACAUACAUUUGUAAUUGUUAAAAUGUGUCUGUAAUCAAGCUCAUUUGUGCCUUCAUGCAGACUUCCAAUAAACACUUGAUUUUUUUUUUUGUA